UGACGUUUGGAUUCAGACAUAAACAUGGAUGCACUAACAGCACAACUUGCAGCUGACUUCUCUGUAAGCAGUGAUCCUAACAGCACUGCAGCACAACAUCCCAGAUUUUCACAAUACAAGUCCCGCGGGGAUGCACUAGAUCAGAACACACGCCGAUCAAGAAUUCUCAAGGCACAGAAAAGACAAAGGUUUGAUUUCCUUUGCCACAUCCGCUGCCUGUCAGAAGACACAUGGGAUAAGGCUGAUGCAGAGUCUGUAGCCUCUAAUGACAGCAUGGAGGUACAAAUGGAGGGGCAGGAAGUGAAACUCAGAAAGCCAGGAAGAAACUACAAAAAUCAGUUAAUGAUGUCUGAGUGGUUAGUAGAGGUGCCAGACGAUUUCGCAGAAUCAUGGUGUACAGUUAUUUGCCCUUGGGGAAAGAGAUGUCUAGUUGUUGCAUCAAGGGGUAGAACCACAGCCUAUUCUAGGGGAGGAUACAGAAUCAGCACCUUCUCAUCACAUCUACCAGGGGGCUCCAAAAGUCAACCAGGUCGAUUUAAAGACAAUGCUAUUCUGGAUUGUCUCUUCAAUGAAGCGGAGGGAACAUACUAUGUACUCGAUAUUAUGUGCUGGAAAAAUCAUCCUGUGUAUGAUAGUGAAACAGAGUUUCGAUUUUACUGGCUCCACAGUAAGUUCUCAGAAGAAGCACAACUUUGCAUAAAAUCUGAUGAAAAUCCUUAUAAAUUUGUUGCAUUACCAAACUUCCCUUGUACCCAGGAGUCAAUCAGCGAAGCUGUAAAUACAGCAAAUUUUGAGAUUGACGGAGUCCUGUUUUUCCACAAGAAGACCCACUAUACAUUUGGAUCAACACCCUUGGUGGUCUGGUUAAAACCCUACAUGUUACCAGAGAUCCUUAAUAUUCAAGUGAUAGACAAAAUCAUGGAGAAUAGACCCGACUCCUACACUAACUACGCUGCCCACAUGUCAGUGGUGGCAGCAGAGAAGGAGAAGGCGAAGGAGCAGAGAAAACAGAGAGACUGUGAAAAACAACAGGGUGUGAAAAUACUGCAUCGAGAACAGGGUAAAGGAGAUGCUGAUGGGAAGGAAGUUAAAAGUGACAGACAAGGUGCUGGUGAUGGUGGAGGUAGUGGAAGACGAGGCAAGGGGAGGAGGAAGAAGGGUGGGGCCGAGGCCCACAUGGAUGUGAUGUUUUCUGAGUGGAUGACAGAAGUACCAGAGGAUCUAGAAAAAAAUUGGUUCAUGGUUGUCUGUCCAAAAGGAAAACGUAACCUGGUCAUAUCAGCACAGGGAAGAACAUUUACACAGUCUAAACAGGGUUUGCUUCUGGAGGAUUUCCCUUCUUGUUUACCCGGUGGGAACAUUGGAGACCAGAAAGGAAUGUCAGUGCUCGACUGUAUCUAUGACAAGAAGGAUGAUGUUUAUUAUGUGUUGGAUAUGAUGUACUGGAAGAAUCAGGAUAUGACAGACUGUGAUAGUGAGUUUCGUAUUUUCUGGAUGAAUGAGCGUUUAGGGGAGCAGAAGAGCAUAGGACGACGUACUAAGAUCAACCCUCACAAGUUUAUUCCACUGAAGUCCAUUGCCUGUACAAAGGAAAAUAUGGACGAGGCCAUGAGCUCUUCAGCCCUUCAGGUGGACGGUGUCCUCUUCUAUCAUAAGAGUCUUCCAUACAGGCCUGGGGUGUCCUCUCAGAUUCUCUGGUUGAAGCCGUACAUGAUGAUGGAGGCCUUGGGGGUGGAGGUCCCACCACAUAUGGAGCAAGCACCAAAGAAUUAUACAACAUUUGCUGAUCACGUGGCAGCCGUGUUGGAGGAGCAAGGAGACAAGAAACCAGAAAGAACAAGUGGACAACACAAAGCCAAACCAUGUAUUGAUAUUGAUAAGAUUAUUUCAGACAUUGGAGAUCUGUACAUCAGUAAGAGACAACUGGAGGCAGACACCAUUGGGCCAGUUCAUAUCCGUGAUCGUGCACAGACGAGUGUGUGGAAACCUGAGCAUUCAGGCAGGAGGCAAGGUGAUGGGCUUCUUGGGGAUCCGAGACAAUUCUUUGGCGGGAAUUAUUACAAUCAAGGGAACUAUUACGAGGGAUAUUAUAAUCAGUGGUAUGGAGGCCAGUGUUACAAUGAUCAAAGCUAUAGCAGAUACCAGAACUGGAAUUGUCAGAACUAUGGCUUCAAUAGCAAUCUGCCUGCAUUAGGGGUCCAGGGUGCCUGGGGCUAUGAGGAACACAGGAAGGCAAGACUGCCAAAGGGAAGAGGAGGCCUGCUCAAACUUAGUGCCAUGGAUUCCUAUAAACAAACACACAAGAUAUUCAAAGAAUAGAAAAGCUCUUUUAAUGGUGUAUGUGCAUUUGUGAGUGAGAGGUGCAGUCAACCAAAAAAUGAGACAGAUUUAACAUUGUUCUUGUGGUUUUAAACUGGUGCUGAAUAUUUGAGCCAUGCUAGAGGUUACUCCUUUAAAUUCAAUUUCAGGAAAUUUGUAGUUGUGUACAGAAGAAAUCUUACCAAAUACCUGGUAUCUUAUUCAUGUUUAGAAAUAUUCAGCAUGAAGGUACAGCUAAUGAAAGUGAUUAAAAAAGACAUUAAAUUUGUUUUCUGCAGUUUUGUGAAAUUCAUAUUUCCUUAAGCCGAUGUCAUAGAUGACAGAUGCAUCAUUUAGUCCUAUUUGCGGGCUUUAGUUUUCAUUUCAUAAUAGAUUUAACGGUCACCGCAAAUUUUACACAAUGAAGCCUAAAUUGAGUUUACAACUAGUCAUAAGGUGCUAUUUCAAAACAUUUACAUCCGUUAGAUAUUUAAUAUGUACAGUUGUGUGAAGUUUUAUUGUGUACCAGAUGGCGUUGUUGAUUAUCUCAUACAAAUGUGAGAAGUUCAGAUUACUUCCAUCGUUUAUUUUCCACAAAAAGUUACUCAAUUAUUCCUUGACUUAAGGAAGUUUCUCGCCUGUAAGCUGCGUUUAUAGGGAAGCAUAUUGGAGUUGAGGGAACAUUUGUUAUAAACGUUUACCUUAAACAUUUCUUCUCUGUAAUAUUUCCCUAUGGAAAAGUUUAGGAUUUUUCAAGUUCCAGAAUUGGGCACCAGAUAGUGUUCAGUGAAAGAUUUGAUCAAAUAUAUAAAAUGGAUGUUGUGCUUCACUGAUGAUAGUGAUUGUAAUGAGUUGAAUGGGUUUGCCAGUGUAAGAGGGUGUCUACACGGCCAGAGUUUGGAAUAUUCCUAUUUUCUUCUUCUGUCCUAUCAGAAACAAAAAAAAACAAUUUUUGUUGAUAGAAGUGGUUUUUUUUCGAUAACAUGAAGAAAACAAUAAAACAAUGUAAACAAAUGAGCUGAGGUUAAGUGGAACUUCUUCUCAUUCAGAUACAGGGUAUCUUACAUGUUGAAAGAAAUUUUCUUGUUAAAGUAAUUAUUCAUCUUGUUUUAUGUUAACCUGACAAGCUAUGUCACAAGAUCUUUCUUGCAUUUUUGCUUUUCAUAUUGGUAUACUAUACGAUUUAUGUUGGGUGUAGUGUUGAUUUAUGCAAAAUGAAAGCACUUUGAACAUAAAAUAUUCAAGUAAUGCAUCAGGAUUUGAUAUUUUAUCACAAUUAUUGUUUUUUCACAUUUCAUUUCUUCAUUUCUCAAGAAAAGAAAAAUGAAACCUUCAGUUGCUUUGAAAAUCUUGCCUUUAAUAUUAUUCAGUGCUUAUUAAAUAUGGAUACAUUAUGACAAAUGUAUAUAUUAUACAGACUCUAGUCAUGUGUUGAUUUAAGCAUUAAUGUCCGUCAUACUGGAUCAUUCAUUGUAAAAUUGAAAUUGCACUAAUGUCAAAGUUAACCAGUAGGUGGGUUACAAAUUUCAGUUUUACCUGCAGUCAUGUCUAUUUAGAUAACCAGUCCAGAUGACAGAGCUUUGUGAUCACAAGGGUCAUUUCUGUAAGUUUAUGCAAUGUAGAUUACAGAGGACAUAGGUCACAAAAAAAAAUCAGCAAGAAGCAUUUUAUAAAGAUUUUUUUUUUAAUUUCCUCGAUGUCUUGUUGUGGCUUUUUCAGUACUAUGUAAGGAGAGUGACUGGUUGAUGUGAUUGAAAGAGAUAAUAUUUUUGUGAGUUUAAACAAUUGUUCUCAUUACU